UCGGACGCUCAACCGACUGAGCCACCCAGGCGCCCCCCCAAGAACCAAAAUAUUAUUCAAAAGUAACAUCGGUUAGGUUUUUCUCCUCAUUGUAGAAGUAUAACAUGCCCACUUUGACAUUUGGAAAACACGGAAAAGCAGCUAGAAGAGAAUGCCAGCCACUACUCUCCACCCCGUAACCAAACACUGGUAGCGUUUCAUAAGGUUUUAUUGGGGCCUUUCCAGCAUUUUUGCUACGCGUGGAUAGGCACACGCAGGACUUUCUCCAACUUAAUGAGACGCAGUAAGGAAAGCGUUUUGUGCACAAGGCCAGGCACAUAGAAGGUGCACACUGAGUCAGAAAGUUGUGGGGAAGGGGCACCUGCCUGGGUGGCUCAGUGUAUUGGGCGACUCAUGAUCUCGGUUCAGGGGUUUCGGCCCCGCACAUGCCUCUGCGCUGGUGGCACAGAGCCUACUUGGGAUUCUCGCUUUCCCUCUCUCUUUCUGCCCCUCUCCCUCGCAUGCACAUGCUCUCUCUCUCAAAAUUAACAAACGUUUAGAAAAAGAAGCAGAAAGUUGUGGGGAAGUUGAAAUGGACGCAUAGCGGAGGCAAUACAUCCCUGGGCCUUAUAGGGUGCCUCCGUGAGCCUAGAACUAGAAGGAAGGGAAGGGCAUUCCAGGCCUUGGAACUGCCAGUGCCAAGGUGUAGAGGCAGGCCUCUGAGACCUCACUCUGUGCCUAUAGUGCUUUGGAUACAAGCUGUGAAGGGGGGUGGGGGGGGGAGGGCGGAAACUGGUCUUCCUAUAGCCCCACCAGGUCACCCCUCGCUGGGCCCUGUCCCUCUGAGGUGCAGGACAUCUGAGCCAGCCGGUAUUUCCCACCAUGGGGCGUGUGGAAGUCGCAGGGAGGAGACAGAAGGUGCCAUCUGGUCCCCCGCUCCUCCUCCGGCUCUGCCCGGCUGACGGGCUGACUGCCUCUCCAGCAGGUCCCUGACUCCAAGACAGGCCCUCUCGGGCCCCUCCCGGGACGCCGUGUUCCUAGGAGAGCCGGAGGAUGUCUGUCAGGGUGUAGGGGAGCAGGGAGCUGCUGAACUGCCCGUGACGCCCCCAGGCUCCUGCACAGGCCACUCCUGAAAAUGAAUUGCACAUGGGCGGGCUUGGCCUGGCUUUUCUUCCCCGAAAGCUUGGAAGUGGCGUCCAGCAACAGAAGGUGGGAGCGGAGUUAGACAAGAGAGAACCCCUCCCGGUGGAUGAUUUAACUCACAGGAGAGCAGGCGACGGACGGGACUGCUAGAGUGAGUGUCCUGGUGCACUGAAGAGAAGCCUGCUGAGGUUUUUUUUCCAGAGAACGGGCAUCGGCCGGCUGCAGCAAGAGAAGCUGAAGUGUGAGGGGAGGAAGGACUUUCCGAUGGGGACGAGGUGGCUGCCUGUGAGAGAGUGCAUACCUCCUCCAGGAGCUUGGACGCAGAGGUGGAGGUAUGUCCAAAGUCUCCUGGACAUCAUGGAGUUCCUGGACAAAGACCCCGAGGACCAUCGUACCCUGAGCCAGUUCACCGAUGCCCUGAUCACCAUCCGGAACCGUCACAACGACGUGGUGCCCACCAUGGCGCAGGGCGUGCUGGAGUACAAGGACACCUACGGCGACGACCCGGUCUCCAACCAGAACAUCCAGUACUUUCUGGACCGCUUCUACCUCAGCCGCAUCUCCAUCCGCAUGCUUAUCAACCAGCACACCCUGAUUUUUGACGGCAGCACCAACCCGGCCCACCCCAAACACAUUGGCAGCAUCGACCCCAACUGCAACGUCUCCGAGGUGGUGAAGGAUGCCUAUGAUAUGGCCAAGCUCCUGUGUGACAAGUACUACAUGGCCUCCCCUGACUUGGAGAUCCAAGAGAUCAAUACCUCCAACUCCAAACAGCCAAUUCACAUGGUCUAUGUCCCUUCCCACCUCUACCACAUGCUUUUUGAACUCUUCAAGAAUGCCAUGCGCGCAACUGUGGAAAGCCACGAGUCCAGCCUUGUCCUCCCACCUAUCAAGGUCAUGGUGGCCUUGGGUGAGGAAGAUCUGUCCAUCAAAAUGAGUGACCGGGGUGGGGGAGUCCCCCUGAGGAAGAUCGAGCGACUCUUCAGCUACAUGUACUCCACAGCCCCCACCCCCCAGCCAGGCACUGGAGGGACCCCGCUGGCUGGCUUCGGGUACGGGCUCCCCAUUUCCCGCCUCUAUGCCAAGUACUUCCAGGGAGACCUGCAGCUCUUCUCCAUGGAGGGCUUUGGGACCGAUGCUGUCAUCUACCUCAAGGCCCUGUCCACGGACUCUGUGGAACGCCUGCCCGUCUACAACAAGUCAGCCUGGCGUCACUACCAGACCAUCCAGGAGGCGGGCGACUGGUGUGUGCCCAGCACGGAGCCCAAGAACACGUCCACCUACCGUGUCAGCUAGGGGCCGCCUCGCUCCCCUGCACCUGAGAGGAUGGACUGCUGUCUCUGGGACUGGCCACCACGGUGACCCUCCCCAGCCCCCCCCAGGUGGGGGGGAGGCUCCCCCUGAUGACCAGCUUCUGUCUCUGUGGAAAUCAUGGUGACCAGUCCGUGGGGGGCCCCUAAGUGCCAAUCUCUGUCUCCACGGAGACCCCUAAGUAGUCUCCCUGGUGUUCAGGCUCGGUGGGCGAUGCCUGAGGACGGGGGACCGUCUCCAUCCUGAUGGGGUGUCCCAGAGCUAUGUUUCCAUGGCCGUCCUCCUUCUGAGACCAGGGCUGCCACUUUGCUGCCAGGGGUCCUGGGUCCCCCUCACUGCCCUCCACGGCCCUGACCUUCCAAGUGGACACCCUGCUUGCCUUCUCCUCCUCCCCCAGCCCGUGCAGGCACCCUGGCCCUCGUCCAGUGUCAGCAUUAGGAAGGAGCCAGGCGUCCCCGGGUGGAGAAAGGGCGUUGCACCCUUGGGCCCCUGGCUGGGGACCUGGUCCGACAGCGCCUCCCUCCACCCGGAGCUUUGAAGGUCAAGGUUAGGAGGCGGGAGUUCUCACCCAGGGCUCACCCUUAAAGUGGGAGACCCUGGGAGGCCCCAGAGAUCAGCUGCCCUCAGCCAAGCUUCUCAGAGCCCCUCAGGCACCUCCCAAGCCCUGGCAUGUCCUCACAUGCACACACCCACCUGCCGGCCCCACAGCCACACGGUUCCACCUGAGCUCCAGACCCCACCUCCCACUGUGCCUGGACACGCAGGUGCUUGGGGUGGCUUUCUCCCUAGAAUGCUCUAUGUGCAUAGCUAGUUUUAUAGCCCUGAAAGCCCCCACCCUUCCCCUUAGCACACAGGGGGUUAAAGUUGUGUGUUCCUCCUAGUGGCUGUGAUGAUGACCGUGACAUCCACAGUAAAGAGGAGAUUGAAUGAGA